AUGGCCAGUCCAGAAUACUCUACCGUCCCUGUUUUGGAAACUAACAUCCCCUUUUUGGCCAAUUCCAUCUAUGCCGCUAAGCUAUCUUUGAGCGUCAACCCUCUCGUCUUUGAAAGCUGUCCAAAUGAGGCGCUCCAGAAAGAGAUAUACACACGGAUACUGUACUCAGAACUUUCGAUAGAAUGUUUUAAGGCAAUCGGUCUCCACUCUAACGAAAUAAUUGGCUACUUUGUCCUUUCGCGGCAACAACCAGCCAAAGAGAGUCUAAUCGACAGUGAUAACGAAGAUUCCCAGCAAGCCAUUCUAGAUGGCUUCAAUAGUGGUCUCCUUAGAGAGGUGAUGAAAGCGAUCACCCAAAUCGCCAAAUAG